AUGCAGCGCAUCAGCGAGUUUUUCGCAGCGACAUCGAUACAGUCGGCGCAGCAGCGGACAUUUGUAGUAUACGGAACGGGCGGGAUGGGCAAGACGCAGCUGUGCGCCAAGUUCGCAAAGACGAACGCAGAGCGGUUCAGCGCGGUGAUCUGGCUGGAUGGAUCGUCCAAAGAUGCUCUCCAACGAUCGAUGGCCGGCGCAGGCCUGCGGCUGUUGAAGCGCACCCGAGAAGUGCUGGCGCCGAUGGACGUCGCACAGGCAGACGACGACGUGCGGCAAUGGCUGUCGCUGCCGGGCAACACGAACUGGCUGAUGGUGAUCGACAACAUCGACCGCGACUGGCAAGGCAGAAUAAAGGACGAUCAGGCAUACGACUAUCAUGAGUUCUUACCGCACGCCGACCACGGGAACAUCUUGAUCACGACACGUCUUCAGCGGCUGCAGCUACCAAAGGCCAGCCUUCAUUUAGAUGUCGCCGACGAUGAGCUGGCGACAGAGAUGGUCGAGACACGCGCAAACAAAGCGGUAACGAGUAGGUGUAUGUGA